GGGCGGGGCUUGGCGGAGGGGGUGCACACACGUGUGAGCACACACCUGUGCACACGCACGCAAGACACGCCCGUGCGUGCACCGACACGCACACGCACCCCCGUGCAGCUGUGCACACACGCGUGUGCAAUCGUGGGAAAUCGAGAUGUGCAGUUCCAGCCACCUGGAUGAUAAAGGAAGAUCAAUACUAACAUGACAUCCAACGAGCUUCCUUCUCCCUUCGAGACACACACGCAGAGCCCAAGAUGGUCGAGUUUGCUCCUCUCUCCAUACCACUGCAGAGACGGCUUCAGACGGCAUCGGUGGCUCAAUGGGUCUUCAGCUUCCUAUGUCUAGCACAGUGCUGCAUCGCUGCCUUCAUCGCCCUCCUCUUCACCCGAUUUUGGCUGCUCAGUGUCCUCUACGCUGCAUGGUGGUUCCUAGACAGGGAACAACCCAGAAGGGGAGGGAGGAAGAUCCAUGCCAUGCGGAACAGCGUGGUCUGGAGGUACAUGAAGGACUACUUCCCCGUCACGCUGGUGAAGACGGCAGAACUGGACCCUCGGCAGAACUACCUGGUGGGAUUUCACCCCCAUGGGGUCCUGGCAGUUGGAGCCUUCAUCAAUUUCUGCACAGAGGCAUCGGGCUUUUCCACGCUCUUCCCGGGCAUCACCCCACACCUGAUGAUGCUCUGCUUGUGGUUUCGUGUCCCGUUCUUCAGGGACUACUUGAUGAGUGGAGGCCUGGUCAACUCUGACAAGGAGAGCGCAUCCUAUGUGCUGAAGAAACCAGAGGGUGGGAACCUGCUGGCCAUCAUCGUUGGUGGGGCUCAGGAGGCCCUGGAUGCCCGGCCAGGAUCCUGCACCUUGCUGCUGAAGAACAGGAAGGGAUUUGUCCGCCUGGCCAUCGAGCACGGCACCCCGCUGGUCCCCUGCUUUUCCUUUGGUGAGAAUGACCUUUACGAUCAGGUGAACAACCCCAAGGGUUCCUGCUUGCGUUGGAUCCAGCACCGGCUUCAGCAGAUCAUGGGCAUCUCCCUUCCCCUCUUCCAUGCACGGGGCAUCUUCCAGUACAGCUUUGGGUGGAUACCAUACCGGCGGCCCAUCUACACUGUGGUUGGGAAGCCAAUUCCAGUGCAGAAGAAGUACAGACCCUCUGAGGAAGAGGUUGACGAAGUCCAUCAGAAAUACCUAAAUGAAUUGUGCAAGCUCUUUGAGGAGCACAAAGCGAAAUAUAACAUCCCAGAGGACAGACACCUGGAAUUUAUAUAGAGCUUCUCAAGCAAGGUGAAACCAUGGAGAUCAAGCUUCAAGUUUUCUCCCGUAUCUCUGGAACUAUUAUACUUCACAACCUCCACUUAGUCACAGUUAACAUGUGGUUUGAACAGUGUAGGGAGAUGGACUUGAUUUUCCCAGUAUUUGCAUGGAUUUAGGGACAGAGUUUUCAGUUUUGGUCCCUGUAGGACACAUAAAAAACAUAAGAAGAAGAGAAAAAUCCCAUCUGACCAACUCAGUGGUAUUGAAACUCCACAGCAGAAAACUCACACUUCCAGUUUGGCUUGAAGGUCAGCUUUUCAAGAUAUUUCCAGGCAGAGAUGAAUUAUCAAAAGUUCCCUUUGCAUUAUUUCCAUUCAGAAAUGGGAUGAUGAGCCAUAAUUUCUGUUUAAUCCAUUUUUUUUUUUUUUAAAUAUAACUUGUCUAGAUCAACACAUGAUCAUUGUUUGCCUCGUGCUCUUCAAGUCUUUGCUUGUUCUGGGCUCUUUCUCGCCAACUGAAACACAGUUUAUGAGAAAGCUCAUACUCCCAGCAUGGUGCUGGGCACCCUCAGCAGCAACACAAUGCCAUAUCACAGAAUCCCAGAAUGUCCGGGAUUGGAAGGGACCUGGAAAGCUCAUCCAGUGCAAUCCCCCCAUGGAGCAGGAACACCCAGAUGAGGUUACACAGGAAGGUGUCCAGGCGGGUUGGAAUGUCUGCACAGAAGGAGACUCUACAACCUCCCUGGGCAGCCUGGGCCAGGCUCUGCCACCCUCACCAUGAACAAGUUUCUUCUCAAAUUUAAGUGGAACCUUUUGUGUUCCAGUUUGUACCCAUUGUUCCAGUUUGUAUCCCACUGGAGCAAAAGAAAUAAAACAUUUAUAAAGGGCAAGGGCUCACCUGGAGGUUUCACCUUACCAGAGCUCCAAGAGUCCUGCUUAGAAUUCUACUGAUUUAACCCCAGACAUCCCUUCAUUGACACACCUUGGACUAGUCACCAGCACUGUCACUGUGCAUUUCAUUUUACAAAUGAGGCAAUUUUCGAAAGAGAAUGCAUGGCCAGGAGGUGGGAGGAGAGAAAAAUCAUUUGGGACAGGAAAUAUGUCUCAUAAAGCCACAUUUGGCAGAUGAUCAAGUCUUUAAAAAGCUGCUUCUUGAUAUCCAGAACAUUAUCAAACUCUGCACUUAAUGGGAUUUCGCAAUGUGGAAGUUUUAGGUGGCAGGAAGCCACCUGCUCCAAUGAGCUUUACAUUGCCCCUAUAGAGCCUUUAUAGCAUCACCUUCUCUCUUCAACUUAAUUUCUCCUUCUUUUCUCCAUGUCCCACUCCCCACCUGCAAGGAGCCACCAAAAAUCCUACACAGCUCCUGCACUUCAUGCAACCAGGAUUUUUGUUACUGCAGCUGCAAGAAUUGCAUUUAACAAGGAAAACACACAGAACUCUUUCUAAACUGACAAGAUCAGGUCCAUCCUUGUGUUUUGUUUUCUUUUCCCUUUUCUCCUACCCUGAUAAAAUUAACCCACUGUAUUCUUAAUGAAUGACCAGCUGCAAAUCCCUCUUAUUCCCAGAAAACACGCAGCAAUAGGGAAGAAUUUGAUCGAGCUCACAUCGACAUUUCUAAGCACUCCUGUAAUACCACACUUAAUCCGGUCAAAUAAAGCAGGUCACCUGCUAUGA